AAAUUCUGCGUCAUCGCGUUGGCACUUUUCGGCCUGGUGGCCGCCGAUGUCAGUCACCUGCAACAUCCGGGCUAUAGCUAUGGCGCCUCCGCCUCAUCCGCGUCCUUCUCGGAGGGCCAAGUGGCAUUGCCUGGUGGCGAUGCCAGCAGCUAUCAGCCAGAGCACUUGAUUCCCCAAAAUCUAAAGGCAGUUAAUGUGGAAACAGCUUCUGCCCAAAUCAUUCCUGGUGGCGACUCCAGCAGCUAUCAGCCAGAGCAGUUGAUUCCCCAGCAUCUCACGGCUCAAGAGGAAAGCGCAUCUGCCCAGGUCAUUCCUGGUGGCGACUCCAGCAGCUAUCAGCCAGAGCAGCUGAUUCCCCAAACUGAGUCGUUUAACCUUGGAGCCGAUACCCAGACGCCGGAGCAGUUCAUACCAGAGGCCGAUCGCAUUGCCCACUACAACUAUAUCCAGUCCCAGGGUCAGGCGGCUGCUCCGGCGGCUCAGGUAGCGACAGUUUCUGAGUCGGUCAACAUUGGAGCCGAUACCCAGACACCAGAGCAAUUCAUACCCGAAGCGGAGCGCGUUGCCCACUACAACUACGUUCAUUCGCAGGGCAAGGCUGUUCUGCCGACGCCAGCUGCCGCUGCCGCUGCCGCUGUCCAAGUCGUUCCUGGCAGCGACUCCAGCAGCUAUCAGCCCGAGCACUUGAUUCCCCAGCAUCUGAAGGCCGUUCAUGUGGAAAGUGGCACCGCUGCUGUGGCUAGCGAGUCGUUCAACCUUGGAGCCGAUACCCAGACACCGGAGCAGUUCAUACCCGAGGCCGAUCGCAUUGCCCAUGCCACCUAUGGACAGGAGCAGCAGCAGGCGCCAGUGGUGAUUGGUGCCAAUAGCAUUACACCUGCGCAUCUGUACCAGGAGCCCGAAUCGAAUGGCAUUGAGGAGUUCAACGCGGAGACGCACGUGCCCGUCGUGAUUGGACGCGAUACGAUUACCCCAGCUCAUCUGCAGGCCAAAUACUCGGCUGGUGCCUCGGAGACCAUCUAUGCAUCCAACGGCGGCUACAUCUAUAAGCGCGCCAAAUGA